UUUGAAUUUUACAUUGAACCUUCUUUUGUUUUUCAAUAUAAUUUUUGGAAACAAAACAAUCCGGCUGCGUUCAUGUUUUGUAAAGGGCAAUUUUAGUCGCUCCUCAUUGGCUGGGACUCGGUGACGAUCCAGGUCACAGGUACCGCCCCCUCCUCGCCGAUAAACAACCUUUUGAUCACAACAGACUCGGAAGAAAAACAAGAUUACAGGCCGUAAAAGAGACUUAAAGAAUGAUCGGAAAGAUUCGUUCUUAUCUGCUUGGAAAUGUCAGAGAAGACUCUGAAGCUGGAAGUGGCACCAAUGAGGAGCUCCUGGAGUUUGAAGAGGAGGAAUGGGUCAUUGUUAAUAUCCAAGAAACAGACAGCAGACCCAUGUCAGCCCCCGAUGUGGACCCUCUUGAGAACCUGCUGAUCGAGCACCCCAGCAUGUCUGUCUAUCAGAUAAGAUGCAGGAUGGGGGGAGCAGAGGAGGAAGAGGAGCUAGCCUCUGAUGAAGAUGAAGAGGAAACCUCCAGGCCUGCGGCUGUGAGGCGGCACAUUUCCUGGCAUCUUGCUGCCUGGGGGAAUCCUCUGCCAUGUAACCUCCAGCUGUUGGCUGAGCAGAGGUCCAGGAGACAGGCUGAGAGAAGGAGGCUGAGUCGCAGCAACAUCCACAGGCAGAACAUGACUAACGCGCAAUUUUCACCAAAGGACAAAAAAUACGGCAAUUUAAGGUGCCCCUCCCCGCGCCUGUACAACUACUGAACUGCACUGAUCAACUUUGACAGGAUGUGUAGGAAACGACCCUGACCUCUGCCCAACGAGCAGCACAGUCUAUUCACACUAAAUUACUCAGGUUUUCAUUAUUCCACCUUAAUCCACUGUGCAUACACUUCAUACCUUCAUAGCAAGACUUUUAAGAUUCACUGUCUCAGCAGUGAAGCCAUUAAAGUUUGCUGUUGUACCUUCUGCCCUGCUGCCAUGAGGUCUGACACCACAGAAAACCAUUAACCUUAGCCUCCAAACAUCCAUCUUUAGAAAUAGUUACUUUUCCAUAUAGGGUUAUAAAUGUCAACUAUCUAGUAACAGCAGCUGUGUUGUUUGACUUGUGUGAUUAUGGACAAGAGUGUGUAUCUUGCAAGAAAAGUGGGUGUUUGAGAAGUUUUUCUUAUGUUGCUUUUACUGAUUGAACUUGUGACAAUGUUCCAAACGUGAUCAGGUGAAACCUGUUGAAUGUUUGCUGAAUAAUGACACAAAAGGAUUACCAUAUUGCAGUGGGUUGUUCUUUGUUUGUGUGUUUAUUUGCUAUGUAUUGACCUGUAAACUACUCAUGUAAAGUAAAAAAACCUAAAAAUUAAUAAAUGCUUUUAUACUUUUUAA